CGUACACUUACUCCAUUAUUAAUAGUUUUCAUUUGCAUGUAAUUACUAAAGUGGGCGUGUCUAGAGUGAGCGGAUACUCAGGAGGUCGUAUGAUGAUCAAGUGUGAACAUCCUCAAUACAAAACCAAGACAAAAUACAUCUGUAAAGAAUCAGAUGGAUGUUCAGAGAGGAAGAAUCCAGGAGUUCAGGAUGAAUGGAUGGAGAAUGGAGAUGUUUCUUUAUAUGACGACACCAGAGCAGGAGUCUUGAUGGUGUUUUUUAGAGAGCUGAAAGCUGCAGAUGCAGGAACAUACAGGUGUGGAGUGAAUGUGUCUCACUAUACUGAGAGCUUCACUGAACUUCAGCUGAACGUCACAGAUGAUGCUUCAUUUGUGAUUGAAUCUGCUCAUCUUGGUGAAGAAGUCAACAUCAUCUGUCAGAACCCAGAGGAACAUAAAGUUCAUUUCUGCAAAGAGGUUGACAAUCACAUCUGCCAGACAAUGAGUAUAUCUAAAGUAACACAAAUGAGUCCUUCAUCUGAGAGAAAUGAAGAGAGAGUUUUUACAGUGAGCAUCAGUAAUGUGAGCGUAAUAGAUGCUGGAGUUUACUGGUGUGGAGCAGAAACCAGAGACACACAUUUGACCUUCAUCUCCCUGACCACCAAAAUUCAGCUCAACCUCAUCACUAAAGUGGGCGUGUCUAGAGUGAGCGGAUACUCAGGAGGUCGUAUGAUGAUCAAGUGUGAACAUCCUCAAUACAAAACCAAGACAAAAUACAUCUGUAAAGAAUCAGAUGGAUGUUCAGAGAGGGAGAAUCCAGGAGUUCAGGAUGAAUGGAUGGAGAAUGGAGAUGUUUCUUUAUAUGACGACACCAGAGCAGGAGUCUUGAUGGUGUUUUUUAGAGAGCUGAAAGCUGCAGAUGCAGGAACAUACAGGUGUGGAGUGAAUGUGUCUCACUAUACUGAGAGCUUCACUGAACUUCAGCUGAACAUCAGAGAUGAUGCAAACUAUUUAAAGAAAGAGACUGAAUCUGCUUAUCUUGGUGAAGAAGUCAACAUCAGCUGUCAGAUCCCAGAGGAACAUAAAUUUCAUUUCUGCAAAGAGGAUGAUAAUCACAUCUGUCAAAACAUCAGCACAUCUACAGUGACAGAAAUGAAUGGUUCAUCUGAGAGAAAUGAAGAGAGAGUUUUUACAGUGAGCAUCAGUAAUGUGAGCGUGAGAGAUGCUGGAGUUUACUGGUGUGGAGCAGAAACCAGAGACACACAUUUGACCUUCAUCUCCCUGACCACCAAAAUUCAGCUCAACCUCAUCACUAAAGUGGGCGUGUCUAGAGUGAGCGGAUACUCAGGAGGUCGUAUGAUGAUCAAGUGUGAACAUCCUCAAUACAAAACCAAGACAAAAUACAUCUGUAAAGAAUCAGAUGGAUGUUCAGAGAGGAAGAAUCCAGGAGUUCAGGAUGAAUGGAUGGAGAAUGGAGAUGUUUCUUUAUAUGACGACACCAGAGCAGGAGUCUUGAUGGUGUUUUUUAGAGAGCUGAAAGCUGCAGAUGCAGGAACAUACAGGUGUGGAGUGAAUGUGUCUCACUAUACUGAGAGCUUCACUGAACUUCAGCUGAACAUCACAGAUGAUGCAAAAUAUCCAAAGACAGUGACUGAAUCUGCUCAUCUUGGUGGAGAAGUCAACAUCAGCUGUCAGAUCCCAGAGGAACAUAAAGUUCAUUUUUGCAGAGAGGAUGAUAAUAACAUCUGUCAAAACAUCAGCACAUCUACAGUGACAGAAAUGAAUGGUUCAUCUGAGAGAAAUGAAGAGAGAGUUUUUACAGUGAGCAUCAGUAAUGUGAGCGUGAGAGAUGCUGGAGUUUACUGGUGUGGAGCAGAAACCAGAGACACACAUUUGACUUUCAUCUCCCUGACCACCAAAAUUCAGCUCAACCUCAUCACUAAAGUGGGCGUGUCUAGAGUGAGCGGAUACUCAGGAGGUCGUAUGAUGAUCAAGUGUGAACAUCCUCAAUACAAAACCAAGACAAAAUACAUCUGUAAAGAAUCAGAUGGAUGUUCAGAGAGGAAGAAUCCAGGAGUUCAGGAUGAAUGGAUGGAGAAUGGAGAUGUUUCUUUAUAUGACGACACCAGAGCAGGAGUCUUGAUGGUGUUUUUUAGAGAGCUGAAAGCUGCAGAUGCAGGAACAUACAGGUGUGGAGUGAAUGUGUCUCACUAUGCUGAGAGCUUCACUGAACUCCAGCUGCACGUCACAGAUGAUGCAAAAUACCCAAAUGGUGUGACUAAAUCUGCUCGUCUUGGUGAAGCAGUCAACAUCAUCUGUCAGAUCCCAGAGGAACAUAAAGUUCACUUCUGCAAAGAGCAUGAUAAUCACAUCUGCCAGACAAUGAGUAUAUCUAAAGUAACACAAAUGAGUCCUUCAUCAGAGAGAAAUGAAGAGAGAGUUUUUACAGUGAGCAUCAGUAAUGUGAGCGUGAGAGAUGCUGGAGUUUACUGGUGUGGAGCAGAAACCAGAGACACACAUUUGACUUUCAUCUCCCUGACCACCAAAAUUCAGCUCAACAUCAUCACUAAAGUGGGCGUGUCUAGAGUGAGCGGAUACUCAGGAGGUCGUAUGAUGAUCAAGUGUGAACAUCCUCAAUACAAAACCAAGACAAAAUACAUCUGUAAAGAACCAGAUGGAUGUUCAGAGAGGAAGAAUCCAGGAGUUCAGGAUGAAUGGAUGGAGAAUGGAGAUGUUUCUUUAUAUGACGACACCAGAGCAGGAGUCUUGAUGGUGUUUUUUAGAGAGCUGAAAGCUGCAGAUGCAGGAACAUACAGGUGUGGAGUGAAUGUGUCUCACUAUACUGAGAGCUUCACUGAACUUCAGCUGAACGUCACAGAUGAUGUAACUUUUGUGACUGAAUCUGCUCAUCUUGGUGGAGAAGUCAACAUCAGCUGUCAGAUCCCAGAGGAACAUAAAGUUCAUUUCUGCAAAGAGGAUGAUAAUCACAUCUGUCAAAACAUCAGCACAUCUACAGUGACAGAAAUGAAUGGUUCAUCUGAGAGAAAUGAAGAGAGAGUUUUUACAGUGAGCAUCAGUAAUGUGAGCGUGAGAGAUGCUGGAGUUUACUGGUGUGGAGCAGAAACCAGAGACACACAUUUGACCUUCAUCUCCCUGACCACCAAAAUUCAGCUCAACCUCAUCAUGGCUCCAGUAGUGAGACGUGAAGGAGAAUCUGUUGAGAUCAUCUGCCCUUAUGAUUCAAUCUAUAAAUCAAAGUCAAAGUCUCUCUGUAAGGGGAAGUGCUCCACUAGAGAUAGAAAUACUCUCAAUGAAGAGAAAGAGACCAAGACUGACAGAUUGACUCUGAAUGAUAGCGUCACUGCAAGUGUCUUAACUGGGACCAUCACUGGACUGACAGCAGAGGAUGCUGGGAAAUACUGGUGUGCAGUGACAUUAGAGAGAGACGUGAAUUAUCUUUACACUCAUCUGAUCGUCAUCAUGAACAAGGAGCUGAACUUGACUAAGUAUGAAGGAGACGACAUGUCAAUCCAGUGCAAACAUCAUGAUGAACAUCAGAAACUUUUCUGCAAAGCACAUGAACCCUCCAUGUGUGUGAAGGAUGGAGUUUCAUUGGAGACGAUCAGAGAUGAUCGAUUCUCUUUCAAUGAUGAAGCUUCUACUGGAGUCUUUACUGUAAACAUCACUGAUCUGAGAGAAGAGGAUUCUGGGAUAUACUGGUGUGGAUCUCACAUCAUCACUAAAGUUAAUCUAGAAGUCAAGAAGAGUGUUUCUGAGCGAAUCGUCAUCUCUUGUGUAUGUGUGACUCUGCUGUUGAUGGGAGUGUCAGUCCUGUUAUUAUACAAAUCAAGAUACAUCAAGACACGAGAUCAGCACCCUUCCACAGACGGGACAGAGAUGAGCGGUGGAGAGGCCCCUCAUGCUGCAUGUGACUAUGAGAACAUCAGAGACGUCAGACAGCGCUCAGUCUCGGGAACUGAGGAGAACAUGUUAUAUUCCAAUGUUGAACUUCCCACAGACUCUUCUGAUCCACCCCACACGCUAUAUUCAACAGUGCAGUUACCCACAAGCCCCUCUGAUGGGCUCCUGUACGCGUCUGUCAGUUUCCAGAAGCAUGAAGAGUCUCUCAGUAAAGUCAUCUUCAGUAAUGAGGAGAUUUACUCUGAAUACACCACGGUCAGUCCCCGCACCUCACUCAACUAGUUCAGUGAGAUGGAUCUUUCUGUAAUUCAGUUACGAUUACUGUGAGAUUUUAGGACACUUUCUAUGAGAUAUUUGGACACUUAAUCCACACUUAAAAAUGUCAUUUCAUUAGUUGCAAAAUAUUUAUUCAAGUGUCAUUUACUGUGAAGAAAGAUGCACAGGAACACUGUCUAGUUUCAAUUUGAAAUGCUAAACCGAUACAUGUAGUGCUGAAGACAAAGACAGACAUGAUUGUGUGUGUUUGUGGUUCAUGGAUCAUGUACACAGAACUGAAAAGUUCUGAGACUUUCAACUCUAGUAGCAUUUGUUUGCUCAAGACACUUGUUCUGAAAUCCGCUCAGAGUUUUUACUGUCAUUUUAGUUUAAAAUAGCAAUUUUGUCACACCCACCCAAAACCACAAAAAAGGGUAGAUAGACAAACUGAGAGGAAGAGCAGAGCGGUUAUAUCUGCUAAAAGUCUACAAGGAAACAGCUCAACGGACACACCCCAGCAGGGUUUUUAAGUGUUGAUCACACAGGACACACAUUCAAAUGUGACGUGACGUGGUCUCCCAUACUCAGAAUUUGUGCUCUGCAUUUCACCCAUCCAAGUGCACACAGCAAUGAGUGUUGAACACACACUGUAGUGAACACACUGUAAACACACCACCUACAGAUGUAUUUUCAUUAUGAAUUUUUCUUACUGCAACUGUUAAUUUAUAUUUUCUAAUUGCACUGUGUAUGUUUAGAGAUGCCUCAUCUGGAGCAGAAAGACCAUACGAAAUAAAGCAGUGUCAUUAGAUGCCAUGUCAGUUAUGAGACUGAGAUGUUAAUGCAUGCUGAAUGAAUCAUGCUCCUUGUUCACAUCAUGUCUGUAUUGUACAGUUCAUCACCCGUGUGUGUUUGUUAUAUAAGCUCUCUGUUUAUCAUUGAUCGGGUGUUUUAUAUUCAAAGUGAUCAUCUUACAGGGACACUAACCUGCAGAAUCACCUUUAACUAAUCAGUGUUUGACUACUAAUCAUUUUGUUUAUAUACUCUUUUUUUAUAUACAUUUUGUCUUAUUCUGUUUGAGUUUGCUGCCCUCUACUGUUUAAACAUUAAACAUGCAGUUUUGAACAAUC